AUGCACGUGUUCCGGUGUGACCCGGCCGCGUCUCCCAAGCUUCGCAGCUCGUUAAAAUUCAGUCUUAUUCUAGUUCUGUCGGUUUCCACGAUGCACGUGUUCCGGUGUGACCCGGCCGCGUCUCCCAAGGUGCCCGGGACGCUGGACCGCCUCCUGGGCCUGCUGAGCGGCUGCCCGGCCGGGAGGGACCGGAGCGGGGCGCCGGACUUCCUCACGCCGGUUUUGGAGAAGGUGUUCGUGAAAAGGUCUUUUCGCAACGGGGUCGGCACAGGGAUGAAAAAAACUUCCUUUCGAAGAGCAAGAGCAUGACUCGGUGUGCAAAGGUCUCUGGGAAGUAGCCUCAGACUUGGUGC